GUAUACCUCGUUGAUGGAAGAAAUCAUUCAUUUCCAUUCAUUUUAUCGCACGUAAUUUCGUGAAAAUAACACGGGAGCAAUAUGUGUAGUGGCAAGUUUAUAAUAUUAAAUUUUGUUAAAGACUUUUGGGAUAGCGUGUGCCGGUAGAUAGUGGAUCGUUAAUUUGUUACCGCAAGAUGCUAUUCAAAAUUUUGUCUGUGAUUUAGUAAAUUCGUCAUGACUACAAUGAAGAAUCCAAAUUCAUCGUCUACUAAGUUAGCUGCGCUCCUCAGCCACGUCAAAUACGAGCACCUGGUAGCUGGUAUAUCAGGUGGCGUGACUUCUACAUUGAUUUUGCACCCUUUGGACCUCAUAAAAAUUAGAUUCGCUGUAAACGACGGCAGGACCGCGACAGUGCCGAGAUACGAUGGGCUGGGCAGCGCAUUUGUUACAAUAGUUAAGAAGGAGGGCUUCCGCGGACUGUAUCGGGGUGUGACCCCGAACGUCUGGGGCUCCGGAUCGGCGUGGGGUUUCUAUUUUUUAUUCUACAACGCAAUAAAGACAUGGAUACAAGGCGGGAACGCGCGGACUCCCCUCGGUCCUGGUCUGCACAUGCUAGCGGCGGCCGAAGCCGGUGUUCUCUCGCUGCUGAUGACCAACCCCAUCUGGGUCGUGAAGACCCGCCUCUGUCUCCAGUACAGCGAGGAGCACUUGACGGAUAACAAGCGGUAUAAGGGCAUGGUGGACGGCCUGACCAAGAUCUAUAGGACUGAGGGCAUUAGAGGACUAUAUAGGGGUUUCGUGCCAGGCAUGUUCGGGGUGUCCCACGGCGCUCUGCAGUUCAUGACAUACGAGGAGAUGAAGAAUCGCUACAACCAGUACAGGAAUCUGCCAAUUGAUAUCAAAUUGACAUCAAUGGAGUACCUAACCUUCGCGGCGAUUUCCAAACUGAUCGCCGCUGGCGCCACCUAUCCAUACCAAGUGGUGCGCGCGCGCCUCCAAGACCAACACCGCAGCUACAACGGCGCCUGGCAUUGCGUCACUGAGACUUGGAGACACGAGCGUAUCGGGGGCUUCUAUAAGGGACUCAAGCCGAGUCUCGUGCGAGUGGUCCCCGCUACCAUGAUCACGUUCCUGACUUACGAGAACGUGUCGCAUUACCUUCUGCAGCGGAAUCGGAACAUCGCGUUGUCUUCCUAGUACGAGGAAGAAGUGAUGACACGGACGUGGAACGAGAUGGCUAAAGGUGCGACCAAACCAACGCGUGCACUCAAUGGCAAUGGCGAUGGCGAUCAGACUUAAACGCAUUGAUCGCUAUCGCGCACGCAGGCUGAUCGCGUUGGUUUGGUCGAACUUUUAGGCGGGUUUUAGAACCACGCUGACCGCUCACUGAUCGUCGGCGCUGACAGAUCAAUAUGUAUGUGUAUGUAAUAAGAAAACGUUCCUGAGUGAUGCUGAUCGCUUGGCGCCGACGCUUCAUACAUUCUGGCUGUCAGUGCUGACGGUCAGCGUGCGUCAGCGCGAUUCUAAAACAAUAAAAUUUUAGACCUUGUGAAAAUGUUAGGCCUUAAUCCUGUAUUCUGAGACGACGCUCAAAUAUGAAUCUACAGGAAUGUCGAAAAUUCGAAAGUGCGUUCCAGAACAACGAUCAAAACUCGAUUCAAGUUCAAGCAUAGGUACAUGGUUGAAUUUCAAUAAGCAUUUAGACCAAUAUUUUAUAUUAUGACAGAGAUUAAAUCGAGUUUUGAGAUUCAGGCUCAUAUUCUGAGAUUCGUACUUGAGUACCAUAUCAUAUCCUUAGGAGUUCUCUUUUCCUGAUGACUACCUGGAUUGUUGACAAGUAUCGUCAAACUGAUACACACUGAUUUAUGCUUAUGAAGCAUAGAUUCGCAAAUAGACAGGCAUAGUGCAUAACUGAGCGUAGGUUCCUGUGGUAGUGGAUGUGUUAAUGUCAUAUCAAAUUUUAGCGAGGCUUCAGCUUAUUUCAGAUGUGGGUCACACGUCACUUUUCCCGCUUCAUUAUCACAGGUACCUACUUUAGGUCAUAUGGCUAUAAUACAACAACAAACAAGAACAGUAUUUUUGUGGGCGAACACUACACCUUUAGACCCUCGCCCACGGUGAUUUUUUGCACCGAUGCAGUCGUGCUGCUGUAGCGCGUUAGUGUACCUCUAGCAUGAAAACUUUCGUCUUCGAAUCGUUUGCGUUUUCGACAAAAUUCGAUACUCAACCUUCGAAUUAAACGAUAACAUGACAUUUUUGUUCUCAAAAUAAGUUUCGUGCAACCAUUUCUCAUACUAAGUUUACGACACGUUCACAAGGGCGCUGUUGUAGUUUUCGUACUAAAUCUUUUGAUGACGAUUCGAAUACGCAAACGAUUCGAACGAAAGUUUUUCGUGCUAGCCGUACUGUAGUGCGUCGCAAAUGCAAUUAACGUGCGUUAGUAGCGAUGCUGUCGCGCGUUUCGUAAAAGUCGCCGAGGGCGAGGGCCCUUUCAUGCUAGACCUCAGUUAUGUUACCCACCCAGUGACUUAGAGUUGGACAGGCUGUGUUUUAGUUCCUUUAAAUAUUACUAUAGUUUUACGUUUGCGGGAAACUGGUAUACGUUGCGGUGUUACAUGAAUUGAGAUUUCAUUUUACAACCCGGUCGAGUUAAAUGCGCUCCUGGCAGCCGUGACGUCACAUCGACGCUCUACCUCUAGCAUGAACAACUUUCGUCUUCGAAUCGUUUGCGUAUUCGAUAAAAUUCGAUACUCAACCUUCGAAUUUAACGAUAACGUGACAAUUUUGAUUCUUAAAACCAUUUCUCAUACUAAGUUCACUUUCGUGCAACCAUUUCUUAUACUAAGUUCACUUUACGACACGUUCACAAGGGCGCUGUUGUAAUUUUCGUACUAAAUCUUUUGAUGACGAGUUGUAUGUGAUAUUUUGCUCCAUUGAGUAUUGAAGACUACGUCUAUUGCUGUUAUUUACCCAAACCUUCAAUGUAGAGAUUAGAAAUUAGUCUAUACCUACGUACUUAUAGUUAAGUACCAAAACUUUUAACAUAUAUUACAAAUUGUAUUAUGCAAUUUUAAUUAAGGUAAUAUUUACAUGUUGUUUUCUUAUAGAAUAAGCUAAUUUUAAUUUGAUUGUUAAAUGUCAGGAUGUUAUUGGCUGUGUUGUGUGAUAACCUGGUGAUAAUGUCGUAGACAUACAAAAAUACCUUAUUGUUAAAAAAGGUAACAUUUAGUUGUAGGCACGUUUUAUCACAAUUUGACUUAGUAUAAUUGGUUUUUACUUAACUUUGGUAUUGAUGUAAUAAUAAAUUGUAGACGAGCAACUUUUUCAGCAAUAUUGCUUCAAAUGUCAGCAUUUUAGGGUAAAAAAAACAUCACAAGGACAUGAAAAAUGUUGCUGGUUUUGUAUUAAUUAAAUCUAAAUUAAUUGGCCAUCGUCGCUAUUAAUGCUAUUGAAUGUUUCUGUAAUAAUGUGUUAAAAUUUUGACACUAUUCUCUUGUAAUUAGCGAAAGACGCGUCAUUUCGACGAUUCACAA